AUGGCUCUCCUUCCGGAGAUCGAGAAGAAUCGCUUCGAGAAUAUCCUGAGGAACUACAAAGCGAUGAAAGACUUUGGACUGGACCCCAAGAUCCCGGAGUUCGUCGUGCGACAACAGAGGAGGCGACGCAACGGGCUCGUCGCGCCCACAGCCAGGCCACCUCGAGUCCCCGACGACGAGGGAGACGACGAGUGGACGCCCGAGAAGGAGAGAUCUAGCAGGUAUGCGAUCAAAAGUGGAAGCGUGGGCUGUGGAAGAAGAGGCGGUCUUAAGAGGAAGGCAGAGUGGAGUGCUCCAGCUUGGACCGGAAGGAGUGAGAACUACGAUGAUGCGCCGCUCAGUGUAGACCAAGUAGAUGUUAUACCGUUAUGGACUCCAGCCAAGUUGGUGGCAGGUGCAAAGGGCACUGUCAAGAUAAUGCCAACAACAGCCGACAGGUCAAGUGGAGAUUCCGCUGCGGAAAAUGUUAAGCCAGAGGACAAGGGGGUCUUUUCAGUUCCCAUGUCACAGUUGACAACAGAUACAGAGAUGGUAACAGUGAAAGAGCUUCCAGCUGAGAGUGAAACACUUGGUGUAGGAUCAGAUGAAGAGGGUCGGGGAACCAGCUGUUUUUCGGGAGAGAAGUCCAAGUCGCGGUACCCACGACGUCGUAGCAGAAGGAAGCUGUUUUAUGAAGAAAGCAUUACUAAAGAUGACGAUUUUAUUUAUUGCGCAGACUGUGAAGAAGAGAAAGAGGGAGAGUGUCCGUACCAUCCAUUGUUCCUUAUUCUAGAUAACCCCGUUGUUCGAGACGGCAGCGAGAAAGAUCGUGCUCGCCUCACAACCCCUUGGCCCCUCACUGUCUGCGACUCGAAAGUGAAGGGGGCAGGAAAAGGCGUGUGGACCAAUGCUCAUCUCCCAGCCCAUCUAGUGUUUGGUCCGUAUGAGGGCCGUGUCCUAUCUGGCCAUCCGGAAGCCGGUAAAGAAUCUGGCUAUGGCUGGAAGAUUCGAGGUACUGGAACAAGGAAUAGAUGCAUUGAUGCUGUAGAUAGUGCAGUUAGUAACUGGAUGCGUUACGUCAACUGUUCAAGAACUGAAGCUGAGACCAACCUAUCUACAUUUCAGUACAAGGGGCAGAUCUACUACAGACGGACUCUGCAAUUAGCAGAUCGGCAGUGCGAAUGGUGUUGCUUAGUUUACAGCUCGAAAGAUUAUCUAACGCGUCAUCUAAAAGUGUGCAGAAAGCGUGUUCACACUUACACGCCGCCAAUUUGCUCCACGCGAGGAAGCUGCAGCAGUAGUGGCUCAACCAAGCAGUGUUUGCGAGAAGAGGCGCCGCAAUUCCCGGAAAAGGCGUCUCAUGAGACACUGCGUUCGCCAGCAUCCGAUGAAUAUAAUACUGAGUGUUCAGUUUGUGAUUACAAGUGUGAAUGUUCUGAUAUCCCAAAUCAACAUGUGUUAAUACACAGUGGAAAAAAACUGUUUAGUGAAGUGGUUCUGAAGACACACCAGAGGGUUCACUCAGGAGAAAAGCCGUUCGAGUGUUCGAGUGUGGGAAAAAGGUUUAGUGAAAAGACACACCAGAGGGUUCACUCAGGAGAAAAGCCGUUCGAGUGUUCCGAGUGUGGAAAGGUUUAGUAAGUGGUUCUGAAGACACACCAGAGGGUUCACUCAGGAGAAAAGCCGUUCGAGUGUUCCGAGUGUGGAAAAAGGUUUAGUGUAAGGGGUUCUCUGAAGACACACCAGAGGGUUCACUCAGGAGAAAAGCCGUUCGAGUGUUCCGAGUGUGGAAAGAUUUAGUAAAUGUAUCUGAAGACACACCAGAGGGUUCACUCAGGAGAAAAGCCGUUCGAGUGUUCCGAGUGUGGAAAAAGGUUUAGUGUAAGUAGUUCUCUGAAGACACACCAGAGGGUUCACUCAGGAGAAAAGCCGUUCGAGUGUUCCGAGUGUGGAAAGAGGUUUAGUAAAUGUGAUAAUCUGAAGACACACCAGAGGGUUCACUCAGGAGAAAAGCCGUUCGAGUGUUCCGAGUGUGGGAAAAAAUUUAAUCAAAGUAGUAAUCUGAAAACACACCAGAAGAGCCACAGAGCCCAGGACCCGCGCAAAUCAGCUCAGUCUGACAGCCUCGGCAUCCGUUCGACCAUUCGACGCUGGGUUCGGGGAACAUUCAGACUUCUCGGCCGCAAAAGGGCGAUGGCUGAGGACGCAAAGCAACUGUUUUCGACGGAGGAAUGGCUCUCCUUCCCGGAGAUCGAGAAGAAUCGCUUCGAGAAUAUCCUGAGGAACUACAAAGCGAUGAAAGACUUUGAAAAAAGUGGUGGUGUAUUAGCUUUUGUUGGAGCGCCGAGAGGCAGAAGAAAUUGUGCAAAAGGAAAUGUAGAGAGUAAGCCAAGAGAAGGACUGGACCCCAAGGUCCCGGAGUUCGUCGUGCGACAACAGAGGAGGCGACGCAACGGGCUCGUCGCGCCCACAGCCAGGCCACCUCGAGUCCCCGACGACGAGGGAGACGACGAGUGGACGCCCGAGAAGGAGAGAUCUAGCAGGAGUGAGAACUACGAUGAUGCGCCGCUCAGUGUAGACCAAGUAGAUGUUAUACCGUUAUGGACUCCAGCCAAGUUGGUGGCAGGUGCAAAGGGCACUGUCAAGAUAAUGCCAACAACAGCCGACAGGUCAAGUGGAGAUUCCGCUGCGGAAAAUGUUAAGCCAGAGGACAAGGAGGUCUUUUCAGUUCCCAUGUCACAGUUGGCAACAGAUACAGAGAUGGUAACAGUGAAAGAGCUUCCAGCUGAGAGUGAAACACUUGGUGUAGGAUCAGAUGAAGAAGGUUGUUCGAGACGGCAGCGAGAAAGAUCGUGCUCGCCUCACAACCCCUGGCCCCUCACUGUCUGCGACUCGAAAGUGAAGGGGGCAGGAAAAGGCGUGUGGACCAAUGCUCAUCUCCCAGCCCAUCUUGUGUUUGGUCCGUAUGAGGGCCGUGUCCUAUCUGGCCAUCCGGAAGCCGAUUCGAGUACUGGAACAAGGAAUACGUGCAUUGAUGCUGUAGACAGUGCAGUUAGUAACUGGAUGCGUUACGUCAACUGUUCAAGAACUGAAGCUGAGACCAACCUAUCUACAUUUCAGUACAAGGGGCAGAUCUACUACAAGACGGACUCUGCAAUUAGCAGGGGGAGCGAGUUGAUGUGCUGGUACGGAGACGAUUACGGGAAGGAUCUGGGUCUGUCAAGAGAGCCGUCCAAGUGGAAACCAGCGAAGAAAGAUGUAAAAGAUCGGCAGUGUGAAUGGUGUGGCUUAGUCUACAGCUCGAAAGAUUAUCUAACGCGUCAUCUAAAAGUGUGCAGAAAGCGUGUUCACACUUACACGCCGCCAAUUUGCUCCACGCGAGGAACCAGCAGCAGUAGUGGCUCAACCAAGCAGUGUUUGCGAGAAGAGGCGCCGCAAUUCCCGGAAAAGGCGUCUCAUGAGACACUGCGUUCGCCAGCAUCCGAUGAAUAUAAUACUGAGUGUUCAGUUUGUGAUUACAAGUGUGAAUGUUCUGAUAUCCUAAAUCAACAUGUGUUAAUACACAGUGGAAAAAAAUUGUUGGAGUGUUCUGAGAGUAGGAACAGAUUUGCAGACAGUGAUAAGCAGAAGGAAACCCAAAGAAUUCUACCAGACGAAAGGCCGUUCGAGUGUUCCGAGUGUGGAAAGCCGUUCGAGUGUUCAAAAAGGUUUAAGUGGAAGAGACACCAGAUGAUUCACUCAGGAGAAAAGCCGUUCGAGUGUUCCGAGUGUGGAAAAAGGUUUAGUGUAAGUGGUUCUCUGAAGACACACCAGAUGAUUCACUCAGGAGAAAAGCCGUUCGAGUGUUCCGAGUGUGGAAAAAGGUUUAGUGUAAGUGGUUCUCUGAAGACACACCAGAGGGUUCACUCAGGAGAAAAGCCGUUCGAGUGUUCCGAGUGUGGGGAAAGGUUUAGUCAAAAUGGUCAUCUGAAGACACACCAGAGGAUUCACUCAGGAGAAAAGCCGUUCGAGUGUUCCGAGUGUGGAAAAAGAUUUGGUAAAACUGAUCAUCUGAAGAGACACCAGAUGAUUCACUCAGGAGAAAAGCCGUUCGAGUGUUCCGAGUGUGGAAAAAGGUUUAGUGAAAGUGGUCAUCUGAAGACACACCAGAGGGUUCACUCAGGAGAAAAGCCGUUCGAGUGUUCCGAGUGUGGAAAAGGGUUUGGUAAAAGUGAUCAUCUGAAGACACACCAGAGGAUUCACUCAGGAGAAAAGCCGUUCGAGUGUUCCGAGUGUGGAAAAAGGUUUAGUGUAAUGGGUUCUCUGAAGACACACCAGAGGGUUCACUCAGGAGAAAAGCCGUUCGAGUGUUCCGAGUGUGGAAAAAGGUUUAGUAAAAGUGGUGAUCUGAAGACACACCAGAGGAUUCACUCAGGAGAAAAGCCGUUCGAGUGUUCCGAGUGUGGAAAAAGGUUUAGUGUAAGUGGUUCUCUGAAGACACACCAGAGGAUUCACUCAGGAGAAAAGCCGUUCGAGUGUUCCGAGUGUGGGAAAAAAUUUAAUCAAAGUAGUAAUCUGAAAACACACCAGAAGAGCCACAGAGUGGUUCACUCAGGAGAAAAGCCGUUCGAGUGUUCCGAGUGUGGAAAAAGGUUUAGUGAAAGUGGUUCUCUGAAGAAACACCAAAGGAUUCACUCAGGAGAAAAGCCGUUCGAGUGUUCCGAGUGUGGAAAAGGUUUUAGUGAAAGUGUAGUUCUGAAGACACACCAGAGGGUUCACUCAGGAGAAAAGCCGUUCGAGUGUUCCGAGUGUGGAAAAAGGUUUAGUGAAAGUGGUUCUCUGAAGACACACCAAGGGUUCAGGGAGAAAAGCCGUUCGAAGAGAAAAGCCGUUCGAGUGAGUGUGCAUCUUGAAGUUCAAGAAAAGCCGUUCGAGUGUUCCGAGUGUGGAACAGUAAGAAAUUCACUCAGGAGAAAAGCCGUUCGAGUGUUCCGAGUGUGGAAUUUAGUCAAAGUGGUCUGA